GGUAUACAUUUUGCUUCGUAGAUGAGGUGAUGAAGGUGGUCACUUUUUAGUUGUGUUUUGCAAUCUUGAAGUGAUUGUCGUCCGUGAUUUCGGGGUGAAACGUUCAAUUUUGUGCAUUUUUCUUUUUGUGUAGUAUGCCCUUUAUCUCUAAAGAUUGGCGUUCGCCUGGUGAAGUGUGGGUGAAAACCGAAGAAGGAUGGGAAAAGAAAAAAAUCUUGGAGUGUGGACGUCAUUUUAUUCAAGAAAAUCUGGAUUCUAGAUGUGGAACAUUAAACGCAUCGGAUUUGAACUCUUUGAACAGAUGGUUGCAAGAGGCAGAAGAAGACAAAGAAAAUAGGCCAAUCGAUGAUUCCGAGAACUUAAAAACACUCCAAAGUCUUUCAGAUGGAAACAAAAAUAUACCAGAUGGGAACACCAUACUACAACCUCAUUGUCAUAUUACUCUCAAGUGCACAAAAGAGAUAGCAGGAUUCAAUGGACUUAGCGAUGCUUUCAAAAGGUUAGAUUUCCGAUCAGCCGUCCAUGAUGUGCGAAGGUUCAACUACAUCUGUAAACUAUUGGAUCUUCUAAUUUCUCACAAAUUGCCGGCGCUCUCUGGUUGUGCUCAAAAAGUCUUGUUCACAAUGCUGGAGGAAGUUGCCUACCAAGUUUCUGCAAGCCAACAAAAUAUUCACAUGCUGAAUCGAUUGCUGAACCAAUUGCAAGUAAUGAUAGACUGCGCCUGUUGGGGACGACCUCUAGGCUCUACGCAAUUGUGGGAGAAUCAUCUAGUCUCGAUUAACAGAAUACUUAGUAUUGCUAAUCGAAUUCAAAUAAGAGAGCCUGGUGAUGAGGUGUUUCCAAAACUUGAAAAUUUACCUGAAGAAUGUGUGCGAGAAAUAUUACUGAGGCUAGCUGACCACAAAGAUCUUGAGAACAGCAGCAAAGCGUACUCAGUCAUGGCACGAUUAUGUGAUGAGCAAAGAAUAUGGCGAGAGCUGUGCCAGUUUCAUUUCACUCAGCAGCAAAUCAACUUUGUUGUAGAUUCUACUAGUUCAGAUGGACCCACUGACUGGCAGAACAUAUAUCACAAAUUGAGGAAAGCAUUCGGAUUACGUGAAGAAUAUGCUGAAAUUAUUCAAUUAUGCCGCAACUGCCGCGCAUUGUUCUGGAAAUCCAUAGGACACCCUUGUAUUGCAGAUACAGACCCUGAAUUUCAAGAGAAACUAGAAGCUGUCGACAAGAGUUCGCUUCAUGUACCCAUCCCUCCACAGGCUUUCCUGAAGUUUUUCUCACUAUAGGAUACACGUGUGCAUCAACCUACGCAAGCAUUAUUUCAGUUCGAUAGCAUCUCCUCUCCUAAGUGCAAAUGUUAUUAUUUCCAAGUGACCGUGGAAUUUGUGGUUUGCACUAAUGUACCUUGUUUCUACCCGUGAAUCUUCUUCAGCUCUCCAAUUCUACUUACAUGCGGGAAAAUCACAAAAACAAGUCUAAACAAAGUAGAAUACUCAACCGUUUUGUCACUGUCAGAUCCCCAGCAAGGCUCAGUUUCUUGCAACAGGCCCAUUUUUGUUUCUGAUCAAUUCGAUAUGGUCCUAAAAAUUUGAAUCUAGCAGGGAUUCAAAAAUAGCAACUAUGUAGAUAAAAACCAACAUAUUGAUUCUGUAAAUUUUAAUUUGGAAUCAAAAAUCAGGGGAAAAAAUUACUGCCAAAAAACCAGCUUGUCUCAUUCUUCUCCAAAGCAUAAUUGGUUUUCUGUAUCGAUUCAUCUCAAAUAUUUUUCAUCCUCUGUAGCUUGGUUCAUAAAAGAUGUGCUUGCUUUUAUAUUUGCAACUUCUUUAAAACAAACAAUAUUUUAAGUACUGUCUGAAAAUUUCUGAAACAUGUCAGUGAAUUUGGAUUUCAUGCUGAAUUUUUAUCAACUGUAAGCAUUUUGUCAUUGUUGAAUUUUUUGCAAAAGUUUUCGGAUGUAUUUCGAUAAAAUUUUCAAAUCCGAGUUUGUAUUUUCCUCGGAAUAUUUGUGUUCAGCCACUCUGUAUUCAGUAGGCUCCUCCAGAACUAUCUGCAAAGUUUCUACAAGACUUUUAAGAUCAAAAGGCUUAUUUGAAAUAUUAAUGUUUUUAAUGACGUCACUUUAAAAUUUCUCUCCAUUAUUUCAAAACAGCGUGAAUAAAAUUUUCAAACCAUUAUGCAUCUCGGUGUAAAACGUAGCCUCUUAAUUUUUGGCUGCCUGUUUGGGAAAUAAGUCUAUUUUCUAUUCAUUUGUUUCUAUAAUACUCAUUUAUCAUAGACGAGUAACUUUUUGCUUUUUUAAAUACCUGGUCAAUUGCUCACAGGUUUUUGCUAAUUAUAAUUUUGCAAUUACCUUUAAUUUUUGCUAAAAUACUAAACUGCAUCGCAAGAUCUGAGACUGAAGAAGUAGGAGUCAAAUGAAAUGAUGUCCAUGAUAUUUUGAGGAAUCCUGUCAAUGCUUUGACAACCCUUUUGCACUUCACAAUUUUUUUUUGUGCUGUUCUGACGGGGGAAAAACCUCAGCCCCCAGUGCAAAAUUUUUUUCUUUAAAUUUAUUUCUCGGUAAAUCAAGUAAGAAAUCCAGUGUCAAAGUUUUUGACAGUCUCUGUGGAACAUAUAUUCGUAGCACUUUUGACUGAGAUUGAUAUUUCCAGGUGCUCUCCAUCAUAAUAUCCAUAAAGUAUUUUCUGCACAUUGAUUUUGAGUUCAAAUUUUGCAACUGGGGGGGGCUCAUGGGUCCCUCAUCCAUGGAACAGCACAAUUUAAAGGGAGGCAUUUUUCAUGUACUAGAUGUGAUGAGCAGUGAGAGCUUAUAGCUGAAAAUUCUGAGAGGCAGUGACAUUUUUUGAGAUGGUUAAGUUCAAUGUCAUGGAACUCAUCGACAAAAUUCCUCUAGCCUACCAAACAACCUUUCUACUGUGGUGAUACUUAUUCCCUGAAAACAUGCCAGGGCUAGCAUAUUCAAUCACAAUACCACUGUUAAAUUCAAACACGGACUUGAUAUUAUUGUCUUGCAAGUUCGACAGAAUGUUCGCAAAGAAAUGGAAAGCUGUUAGCAUUAUUGUAAACUCUGCAGAGCAUUAUAGCUUUUAUGUAGGUUUUGUGAUAAAAUAAUAUAAGUGAGUUAUUAAUCAUAAGUUUGAGGUGUGAACUAAUAGUAUUUUAGGGCUCUGUAAAAUGGAAGAAUGGACAAGUGAAAUAGCGGUGUGGCAGUCAGGCUUAAUCCAUUGAGAUCUCAUGAUAAGGUAUCAUGAAAGGCAAUUGUGUUCUAUCACAUCCGUAAAAAGGACAUUACUUCACAAGGAUGUACAGUCUCUGCCCCAGGACUUAUAUUCCUCAACAUUCAAUUUUCACCCUUGAGCCUUGCGCCAAAUGCCUCAUUUGUCCUAUUUUCUAUUUACCUUGGUAUUUUUAUCAGAAAAAACUGAAAAAUAUCAAUUAUGAUUUUUUUUUUGUCCUGAACGUAUAUUUUUAAGAUUCUUUUGUUGAUUUUUGUUUUUGUUGAAUCUUUAAAGUGCUGAAACUUCUUACUGUACGAACUUGAGAUGAAAGUGCAGAAUGACACCCCCCCCCCCAAAUAGCAAUUCAAUUUAUUGAUGAUUUAUCCAACAAUUUUGUUUUAUUUUUCCUUUGUUUUUUUUAUGACAGUUACAGUGAUUUAUUUUUAGUUUUACCAUUUAAGAUAGUCAUUAUUUCAUAUUUUAAUUUCUUUAUUAUUUCUUUAGUCAAUAAAAUUUGAUUUGUGCGAAACAAAAUUGAUUGUUAUCCUUUUUAGGGUGGCUUGAGUUUAGUAAGUUUAAUUCUUAGCUAUCUUUUUAUUUUUUCUGUUUGCCCACACCAUUGUUUUUCUGUGCAUGUAUCAAGCCUAUCCACUUAUUCUCUAAGGCCUGUCCUCAAAAUAAUCAAGCAAUGGUCCUUUUUUCUUUUUCCCCUUUUUUUGGAGUUGGAUAGCGGUAAGCAAACCAGUAACAGUAACAUUGAGAGUUUUGAAAAAAGAUUUAAGAGCAAUCUUGGAGGACUGGUUACAAAUGUUGGAUAAGCAUGCAUAUCAGUUUGAAAGGGGGCAAUGACCAUGAGAAGCUUGGGAAAAGGACGUACUUGCCAAAACUACCCAAUGUUCUUUACAACUCCAUUGUCACUUUGGUGUUUUUGAUCCCUCUGUAUAUAUGACCCAUUUGCUUAGUGUUGCUCCAACAUGAACACAGUCUAGCAAUACGGCCCCAUCUGCAAAAAUGUCCAAAAAAAAAUAUUCUGUGUGCUCAGUGCAACCCAAUUUUAAUAGUAUGUGGGGUUUCUUGCAUAGAAUUAUACCAAACAGUGCCUCCAUACAACCGAGUGUAACCUAAAUUUCUCUGCUUAGCAGAUAAGCUUUUAUUAAAAAGGCCUAUGUAGAUAUGACUGGUUUGCCUAGUGCUAUGCAGUCAUGAAUGGAAGUGUUAUGUUUUUAUAUUUUGUUUCAAGCUCGUCUGCUCAUCGGUUUUUUUUUCUCUUUAAAACCCUCUUCUGUUUCAAGCUCACCUUGUUUGGAGGAUAGGCCCACCAAAAAUUUGUCUCUCCUUUUCUGUUUGGCCUCUAGCGAGAUUUAAAGCCAAGUAAGCAUGAUGAGUUGACUUGCUGAUCCGACAUUGCUCUGAACGAUAGUGCAUCAAAAUCUCACCAGUUUUUGAUCAUAUCAUCAGCUAAAUUUUUUUGAAAACUCUCAAUGAAAAGUUUUUAAAGAUUUUUACUCUUAUCAUGGCCAGCGCUUGCCUCUCCUCCUUGCUUUUCAGUUCUGUGAUAUUUUUACAUACUAAAUGAUUUACGAAUGGGCCUUUUUUAUACUUUUUUUGAUAAUUCUCUUUAAAUUAUGCAAGUUUUACGUACUUCGCUGGUUUAUUUUUAAUUUUUCAUAAUUAUUUCACUGUGUUCCCUUCAUCCUCAAAAAAUACCCACUUCCUGACCAUAAAGCGUUUUCACUCAAUAUUUUUCCGCCUGUUGUCUACCCUAUCAACUGUUCGCUUGUAUUAAGUAUCACUUAAUGUAUUUUUAUUCUGAGUGUAUGAUAAUGUUACAUGAACAUAUCCUGUUAAUUGUUUGGAAGUUUCUUGAAAGCAUUUUAAUGUUUGUGGACAUAGAAAGUUUAUAUAUUUAUUUAUCUAUUUUCUCCAAAUAUUUAUUAUUCAUGCCAUGAUGAUAUUUAUUUUUGAUAAAUACUCCAGGAUUUUGUUGAAUGAUUUCUAACCCAUCAUGUAUGUCAAUCAGUGACUUAUGCGCUUUAAGAAUGAAGCAUUUAGUACAAAUUAAUCUCCAAUCCAGGUUCUUGUCAAAACCAGCAUACAUUGUGUGUAAAGGAAUACUAAAAAACGAAUAAUUAGAAAGUAUGUUCAUGUCAACACUUAACAUCAUACCUAUAUUUUUACUCAUGAAGUCAAAAAUGAAGAAAUGAACCGGUUCAAAUUGAAGAUGAAUUUAGCUUACUCAGCAUGUUAACAUUUUUAGAAAUGUACUUAAAAUUUGCCUAAAUAAGGAAAGUUUGGAGGAUCUGCUUUCUUUAGCUAGGGAUGAUCUGAAAUACGUCUUUCAUGGAGAGUUUAUCUAUCUUCAUUGAUUAUGACUUGCUCCAAUUCAUAAUUUAAAGUAAUGUACAUUAUGUUCUUCCUUCUUUUGAAAGAGGAAGAUAAUUAGUCUGUUUUUGUCUUUUUUCUCUUUUUUAGAAUUUUUUGGCUAUUUUUCAUCGUGUCCCAAGAUCCUCAUGAGCUCAGUGACUGCCUCGGCUUUCGGCUGAUGUUUCUUUCAAAAUCUCUGGCUCAUUAUUUUCAGCUUUUCAAUGUCAAAAAAUUGUGUUCCAAAAUUAAGUUUGGUUAUCAUUUCCAUCGUUGCAUUCUUUCUGUUACACACUUGGCCCAUGUGAAUGGAUAAUUUUGCCAUUGUCAGAAAAAACUAAAGCUUUCUAUUGUUACAUAUUGAUAGAGCGCCAGAUUCACUUGGGUGGAAAAAAUUUCUAGAGAUAUCUGGAAAAAGUUCAUGCAAGCUGCACCUAAUUAAAAGGGCAAAAUUGUUCAUAUCUUAAUGAUAAUUAAAGAAAACAAAGUAGAAAAGUAGUUAGUAUUCAAUUGCAUUGGGAAAAAAGACAAAAUUAACGGGGAGUAUCGUAAGUAGCCCCCAAGUUUCUGUUUAACAUUACUUUUCACUGCUGAAGCAGUCACCUAACUUUGAUUUUUCCUCUGUUUACUAGGAAAAUCUGUUCUUUUAUUUCUGGGUGCUUUGCAAAAAUGAAAAAUAAUUUUAUGGAGAACAAAAGGAGGUGAUGGCAACUUUCGGUCUGUCUACAUCUUGACAUAAAAGGCAUUUUGUUUUAUGGGAAUAUUGCGGCAAUAUUUCCACAAAAUCCUAAAUUCAAGAUUCAGAAAAUGAACUUAAACGUCGUUCUAGCGUAAUAACUUGCAUAAUAUGAUUUUAAACACUCUUUGAUGUUUGACUUGUUUCUAUAAAUCAUGUCACUCGUGAAAAUUGAUGACAAAAUUGGUCUGUACCCCACUACCCAUCUGUGUUCCGAAAUGUAACCACCUCCCUUUUGUUCUCUCUUUGUAGAACUCGUGUCAGAUAAGUUAGAAGUUUUUUACUUUCUGUUUGCAAGCAACCGCAUUGUAGUUGUUCUGUAGCCAUCGAGGAUUUGCCGCUUGCAGAAACAAAAGGCUCUACUGUGCAUGACAGUCGGAAAGUAAAUAAUUGCCACCUUAUCUAAUAUGAGUUCUUUUACAUUUUCCAACUGUGAUACCCAUAGACAACAGAUGUUUUCAGUUAAUGACUUGUAAAUUGAAAAACGGAAUCCCAGGACCUAGUGUUCAACCUUAUGUUAUACUCUCACUUCUUUCCUUCGAGUUUGUGGCAUCUGUGGAAAAUUAAACACAGGUUUAAAGUACUACUCACUUUUUGGUGUCCAAAAUAUCAUAUAAUCCAUCCAUUAUUGAGCCCAUCUUCCUCUAAUGAUAUAUUACCUUAUACCUUUUAAAUUCUAUGCGUGGUUUUCCUUAUUUUUGAAAUCAUCACAGCUUUGCUGCUUGUUAUCAAAGGAACAGAAACCUUUGUCUAAAUUGAGCUUUUCAGUUGCUCUGUGAAACUUGUGGAUUCGUCAAGUUCGUAAGAUUCACAGAACAUGAUAAUAUUACCAUCUGAAGGACUCAGCCUGUAAUAUCAAGAAAUUCGGCUCUGGCUAAAUUUUUUUAUACAGGAUUUCUAAUGGAGAUGCGGAAAUGUGGCUAUGUAAGUGUGAAUGCUGUAACGCACUUCGUUAUCAUUUGGAAAAACUUGAUCCUUUUUGUUUGUCUAAUCUUAGUGGUUGGUGAGGGAACAAGAGCUCUCCUCGAUCACCAAUCAGAUAUUGCAACCUUUCUAUCAGCCAAGUACAUUUGAAAAUGCUGAAAUUCACUUUUUAGCCUCCUUUUUUCUGAGAUUUACACUCAGAAAGUUCAAUUUUAAAAGCUCAUUGUGCUCUGUAGGAAAUGUAUCAAAUAAUAUAAAAAUAUAGCCAGGACCAAAUCACUUGAAAUCAUCUGCGUAGUCCUUUGUCAGACUUAUGCUUUGACCAAACUCAUUAUUCAAACUACAAGCAGUUGAAACCUAAAUUAAAUAUUGUAUAAUAUUUCAAUGGCAUUUUAUUUUUUCUGAAUUUGGUUUUAACAAACUAUUUUUUAUCAGCAAAUUUAAAAUUUUACCCUCUGAUAGAUUGCUUAGUUUCCGAUGGUUUUUUUUUGUUUUAAAUCGUCUGUGCAAUCUGCCUCCUGUUUUUUCAAUAAAUUUUCUUUCCGUUGUUUUAACCGUAAAAUUUUUAGUUUUAAAAAGCAAAUUUAGAAGUCAAAUUUAGCAGCUAUUUAAUCCUUGCAUUUUUUUAUUUUUAUUUUUUUUAAGCGACCUAGUAUGUAUUUUAUGUACAUUGAUUAAUUGAAGAGCACUCUACUUGAAUUCAUCACAGAAUUAUAAGGCCACUAAUAUUUAGUUUUGGGAAAAAUAAGUUUGAUUGCAGGUUUGUCAUGUACAUAAUAAUAUUACGAGAAGAAUAAUGUGUAUGAUAGCUUUAAUUUUUCAUUUUGUGGUAGAGAUUUUAUAUUUUUUUAAACCUGUUCCAUGGCGAAAUCUGCACUUCAAAUAUCUUGCAUUUUUCCUUUUAUUGUUAGCAGUAAUUUUUGUGUUAAAUUUCGUGUUAUAAUUUUUGUGGUCAAUGUGUUAGUGUAGUCUAGUGAUUCCUUGUACUAUUUUCAAAAAUUAUACGAACCUUCUAAAGGAA